GGCUGCUGGUCAGGAAGAGCCUAUUCUGUACUCCGUGUCAGGAAGUUGUGUGUCAGCAGCCUCAGGUCGUAUCUUGCUGGUGAAGAGUGACCAAUGGCCUUCGGCUUUGGCAAACCUGCGGGCCCCACUUGUGCGGGUGAAUGAUGAUGUUUUCCAUGGCCUUGCCGACAAGGAUGGCAUUUUUCAAGAGCUGUCGCCGGCAGAGGUUCGAAAAUGGCUUCCCCAAGUUUCUCCUUCAGAGGACAGUCGUUGUGAUGAGGAGCUUUUGGCUUUCUGCCUGGAAGACAAGCCUGCGCCUCAAGAUUUGGCAGGAUGUCCAUUGGUCUUGACCUGUGAUGGACAGGUCAAGCGAUUUUCGGCAAAGGUUGAGGAUCAGACUCCAAGCUUUGUUUGUUGUGCCAACAGAGAGGAAUGGGCCUUGGCAAAGCAUUUUGAGCAAGGUGCAGUUCUCAAGUUUGCUGACGGCCAUCAACAUCUUUAUGAAGUGCUCCGAAGACAUCCCCAGG